AUGUGGUCUUUCCAAAAAAUCUUUUUCAUUUCCUUAUUUGCAGCUGCUGUACGCAUCUGGUUCAUGUACCGCGAUUCCCCACGGCCCCAUCACCACAAACGGGCCAUGAUACUUCUCGGGUCUGGCGGUCAUACUGGUGAAAUGUUACGCAUCUUUCAUCAUAUUCGCAACUUCCCUCAUAUCACUUGGGUCAUUACCAUUGGAGAUUCUUUAUCGUUAGAAAAAUUAGCAGAACAUCAUCAUACUGACGAUGUCAUUGAAAUCCCCCGUGCAAGAUACGUCGGCCAACCAUAUUCCUCGGCGAUAAAUUCCAGCCUCGUGUGUCUCGCCGCAUGCUUAUCCGUCAUAUACAAUGAUAACCCAGACGUUCUCAUUACAAACGGCCCAGGAUCCAGUGUCAUGUUAUGCUAUGCCGCUCUUUUGCUCAGAUUCUUUGGCCUUGUUCGCACUCGUAUCAUCUAUAUUGAAUCUUUUGCAAGAGUUAAUGAAUUAUCCCUCACUGGCCGCCUGCUCUAUCCAGCUGCCGAUGACUUUUUGGUUCAAUGGCCUCAGCUUCAUGAGCGGUACCCAAACACCCGGUACACUGGUCAUUUAAUUUAA